AUGUCCAGGCCGAGCAGAGGAAGAAAGCAAGCCAAGAAGGGUGUCCAACUCACCAUUAUGGUUGUUGGUGCAUCCGGAACUGGGCGAACGACCUUUGUCAACACCCUCGUCGAGUCUGUCCUCCUCGAGCACAGUACCGCUUCCCUCCUUUCCAAUCCCGAGGACCUUCACUCUCCUCUCGACCUCAAUCAGGUCAAGCAGAUUGCUGCCGAGGCUCACGUUGAGCAGCCUAUACGCAUCAAGCCUGUAAAUGUCGAGCUUGAGGAGGAAGAUGGUGUCAGGAUUGCGUUGACCGUUGUGGACACCCCCGGUUUUGGCGACGGCAUCGAUAACGAAUACUGCUUCCAAGAGAUCUCGACUUAUCUCGAGCGACAAUACGACGAUAUCCUCGCCGAAGAAUCGAGGAUCAAACGUAACCCUCGUUUCAGGGACAACCGAGUUCACGCUCUGCUCUAUUUCAUCCCUCCCACUGGCCACGCUCUCCGAGAAUUGGACAUUGAGCUCAUGCGCCGACUUUCUCCUCGAGUCAACGUUAUCCCCGUCAUUGGCAAGUCCGACUCUCUGACCCCCACCGAGUUGAGGGCUUUCAAGAAACGCAUAAUGGAGGACAUUGAGUACUACGGGAUUCCGGUCUACAACUUCCCAUACGACGCCGAAGAGGACGACGAGGAGACUAUCUCCGACAACUCGGCUCUCCGCGCCCUUCUGCCGUUCGCUAUCGUCGGCUCCGAGGAAGAAAUCUUGAUUGACGGAGAGCCUGUGAGAGGAAGAAGGUAUCCUUGGGGUAUCGUGGAGGUUGACAACCCCGAUCAUUCCGACUUUGAGCGAUUGAGGAAUGCUUUGCUUGUUACCCACUUGACAGACCUGAAAGAGAUUACCCACGACUUCCUUUACGAGAACUAUCGUACAGAGAAGCUCUCUCGUGGUGCUGGUGGUGGCGGUAAUGACGCCGACUCCUCCUUCCAGCCCGAGGACAUGGCCAACCGAUCUGUCCGUCUUAAGGAAGAGCAGCUUCGACGUGAAGAGGAAAAGCUUCGUGAGAUUGAGCUCAAGGUGCAGAGGGAGAUCCAGAUCAAGCGACAAGAGUUACUGGCCAAGGAGGACAGUCUGAAGGUGCUCGAAGCGAGACUGGCUGCUCAAGGUUCUCACUCGCGUGAGGGUACUCCCAACUACUAA